AUGACUGAGACCGUUCUUGUCUUCGGCGCCACGGGCAAUAUCGGCGUGGCCGUCAUCAUUGGUGCUCUGCGAGCCAAGCGACAUGUUAUUGCCGUUGUGCGCAGUCAAGCCAGUGCUGAAAAGAUGUUCAAGUACGUCGGCAGCCGCGACAAUAUCACUGUGGUUGAAGCCGAUCCCACUUCUGAGGACUCUCUCCGAGGAGUUGUCGACCAAAUUCGGGCUGGUAAAGUCCCUGCUUUCCAGCAUGUGUGGGCCUCGCCUGGAGGAAUUUACUGGGAGACUCCUAUCCUGGACAUUGACCCUGCGGCUCUUCGUGAGGUUCUGAAAGUGAACUUCGAGUCAUACUUCUAUGCCUAUCGUGCGACAGUGCCCUACUUGCUUGAGCAAGGGUUUGCCGACAGCACUUGGACCUUGUGUACAGGUGCUCAAGGCGACUAUGGUUUCCGCGCCGCUCCCGCAGUGACGCAAGGUGCUCUCUUCAGCUUUGCCAUUGCUGCGUCUCGGGAGAAUGAAAAGACAAACAUCCGCUUCAACGAGGUCUACCUCGCCUACCGAGUUCAGUUCGAAGUCGACGAUGAAAUCAGGAAGGCGUGGGCUGGAUAUCACUUGACCACCUGCGAUGAAUUUGCCCCCUUGUACCAGCAGCUUCUGGACAGAGUGGACAUCAGGGGCAGCAGAGUCAAGGCCAUCACUCCGAAGGAUGUUCUCGAACUCUCUGUUGAAAAGAGAUACAAGGCCUGA